UUCUAUCUUCAGUAAAUUAAUCUUGUAAAAUGGAAAAUAUGAGAUUCAAAAUUGAAACCGUGACAAGUAGUAAAUUGAAAGGAACAACAUGGGAAGAUGUUGAUGUAGGUGAUAUUGCAAUGAUAUUUAUUUCCUAUGGAAGAACAGUUAGCCAUCUCCAAUUUUUAUAUGUCAAGGAUGGAAAUUUUUCUGUGUCAGAGAGACAUGGUGAUCAUAUAGAAAAUCUUGAAAUUAAUUUGCAGAUCAAGUUGGAUUAUCCAUCUGAAUAUUUGAUUGGAGUAAAUGGUCGUCAUGGAAUAUUUGGAGCAGAUAGAAUUUUGAAAUCAAUUACAUUUGUGACCAAUAAAAAAUCAUAUGGACCAUUUCCAAAAAAUAAACCUACUUAUAUGACAAAUGAAGACACAGAUUUCAAUUUAAAUGUAUUGGAUGAUGGUUGGCUCAAUGGAUUUCAUGGCACAAUAUUUGGUGGUCAACUUGAAAGUUUUGGAGUUUACAUCAAACCAAUGUCAAUUAUUAAAACUCCAAAAAAAGACAUUAAUUAUGAAAAAAUUGAUGUAAUUGAUGCUUGAAUGUACAAAUUGUAAAAAUACAUGUGUACUUGUAAUAUAAAUAAUAUAAAGAUCUGUCGAAGUUAAUAAAA